CACUUGCGCAGCCAAUACCAUCAGCAACUUAAAGAAAAUGACCUCGCGCAAACGCAACGACCCCUUCGAUCUCGCCGCCAGCGAUGACGACGACCAAGACAAGGGCUACGACUCGGCCGCCGACGAAGAAGCACAGAGCAAAGGCGCGCUGCGCUCCGCCAAACGGCGCCGGGUGAACGACACCGACAAUCUUCAUGGGCUGGACUCGGACGACUCCGAUCUCGAUGCAGCGUCCGACAGCGAGGAGGAGAGAUCCAAGGGCAAGGGCAGGGCCAAGGCCAAGAAACCCACGACUCGCGCUGCUACGGCGGCCUCCGGGGACGAAGAUGAAGACGAAGAAGAAGAAGAUGCCGCGACAGAAGAUGCUACCGCUGCUACUGCUUCCCCCUCCAACAAGAAGAAAACCCCGCUCCUGAAGAAGGACAAGAAAAACAAGACCGGUGUCGUAUAUCUCAGUUCGCUUCCGCCGCAUCUCAAACCAUUCGCCCUCAAAAACCUCAUCGAAGCCCGCGGCUUCGGCCCGAUCACGCGCGUCUUCCUGACGCCCGAGACGAAGAAGCGGCGCACCACGAACAAGCGCAAGACCUACGCGGACGGGUGGCUGGAGUUCGCCAGCAAGCGGACGGCCAAGAUCUGCGCCGAGGCGCUGAACGGGAACAUCAUCGGCGGGCGCAAGGGCGGGUUUUAUCACGAUGACAUCCUCAACCUCAAGUACCUGCGCGGCUUCAAGUGGAGUGAUCUCCAGGAGCAGAUCUCGCGCGAGCGGUCGGAGCGCGAGGCGCGGCAGCGCGCGGAGGACUCCAAGGCCCGCAAGGAGGAUAAGGUAUUCUUGGAGGGGGUGGAGCGUGGGAAGGUGCUGGAUGGGAUGCGGAGGAAGAAUGAGGAGAAGGAGAGGAGGAGGUUGGAGAAGUUGGCUGUCGGGGGUGCUGCUGAGGGGACUGCUGCUGCUCCUGCGGGUAAGGAGAAGAAGGAUGCUAAUGGCAAUGGCAAUGUCAAGGUUCGGCGGGUGUUUAGGCAGAAUGAGGUCAAGUUGGGACGGGAUAAGAUGUUCAUGAAUGAUUCCUCAAGUCCGCUGGCGAAAAUGAAGCUAUUCCAGAUCGGGUGGAUAUUUUCUGCCACCGCCAAAACCUACCACUCUGCCCCACCUUUUUUCUGGGCCUGUUCAUCCCAGAAAUCGCGGAUUCCGUUGCGAGGUCGCGAGCGAUCUGCCGCCACAGGCGGUGUAGCAGGCGCGCCGAGUUCUAGACCUGCUGGACACCCGCGCGGACCUACACCACCACCAACAACAAACCUACUCGAUGCCGUUAUCGCCGACCAUCAACACAAGCCUCCCUCCGGACCGAGCAAGCAGACUCUCUACGAGGCAUUUGGCGAACACACCGCCGCGGGAGGCGCCGUCUCCGAUCAUCUGGGCUACUCCGUCGUCUCCACCCUCUUGACCCCGCGAGCCCCCAACGAUGCAGAGUUCCCUGACCAGGUGCCGGACGCGGACAAAGAGCUAGCGCUGCGCGUGCUGGAGUACCUCUCCCUGCAGGGGACGCCGGUCCUCGUCAUGGGGACGUUCGCCAUGCUCUACCAGGCCGCUAUCUUUUCCCCACCGCAGCCUCGCACCACGGUCGAUACCGACACGGAUGAUGAUUUCUUUGCACCCAGCCCAUCCGCCAGGAAGCAAGACGACAACGACAUCGACGCAGCCACCCGGAUCUCGCGAAUGAUCACCGCGCUCCACCUCCCCUACCACCCGGACGACGCGCGAAGCCUCAUGACCAUGCUGUUCCAGAACGGCGACGACGAGACCUUCUGGAAGCUGUGGCGCCGGAUUCCGCUGCAGGGAGCGCCGCGCAGCGCCGAGGACUACGCGAUGCUGUUCCGCCUGCACGCGCAGCUGGGGGAUCCGCGCCGCGCGGAACGCUGCGUGCUGAUGUGGUUCCCUAUGAUGGCGCGCGAGGGACUCCCCGCUUCGGCUGCGCAGGGGGAGAUCGCGCGGCUGGUCGUGCGGUGUAUCGACCUUCCGGAGGUGGGAACCUUGAAGCGGGUCUCCGAGGGCAGGCAGUUGGAACAGUUGAUGCAGAUCCGGGAUGAGGCUAUCCAGGCGGCUGCCAUGUGGUCUAAAGGGGAGAAUGAGCAUCCGCAAAAUCGCUUGCUUGACGAAGACAGCGUUAAUGUGCUCUUCCUCCAGAACCUUGCCUGGGAAAGCUAUCUUAGCAGCCGUGGCUACUCCAGUUACAUCACGACAACCUGUCGGUGUGAUUUCAGCUUUGUUCCCGAAACUUUGGACAGACGUCAGUCAGUUCUCUCUGGUGUGAAGGUGUCUGGUCCAUCCAAGGCGAGAAUUCUCAUGAACUCUAUCUGCAUGUUCUCAUACAUAGCAAGCCACAUUGGGGAUGAUGACUGGCACUGCUACGACAGUAUGGAGUACUUACCGAGUCUGCAGCAGGAAUUCGACGAGCUGAAGCCGUCUCUCUUCGAGCUCCUCGCCGAACAACAGCUCUCCGACCUCCUCCCCCCAUCCAUCCGCUACAUCCUCGCAGUCGCCACCCACCGCCACCCGCGAUACCUCCUCCGCAUCCUCAACUCCUACGAUGAGAUCUACGCGCUUCUCUCGCUCCUCGUCGAACGAUACUACCUCCGCACCUUCGGCGGCUCCUUCACAGAGAACUUCUAUUCGCUGAAGCGCGAACGGGUCCUGCUCACGAAGAAUGGCGAGAUCCCGCGCGCCCAGAUCGGCGCGCCGGGCCCCGUGCGCGAUGCCCUCCAACUCCGCACGGGGGAUGUGUGGAAGAACCUCCUCAUCAUGGUGGGCAUCCCGUACCUCAAGCGCAAGCUGGACGAAGGGUACGACAUGCACGCGGCGCCGCAGGCCUCGCUGAUCAUGAGCGGCGGCCCACGCUACCACCCCGGCGACGAGCUCCCGCCGCGGCCCACCCUGCGCCAGCGGCUCUUCCACUACUACAAAUGGUUCCUGCGGAACAUCUACCCCUCGCUCAACGCGGGCUACUACCUGAGCAUCCUCGCCUUCAACCUCGCCUACCUCUUCGACAACACCAAGUACUCCUCCCCGUUCCUGUGGCUGAUCGGCACCCGCAUCCGCCGCCUCAGCUCCGCCGACCACCGCGCCAUCGCCGCGGUCCUCGACCCUCCAUCAGCACCCACCACUCGCUCCCGCACCCGCCCCGGCUCCAGCCUCCUGGGCCUGCUCAGCCCGCAGAACCUGCACGCCCAACUCCUCACCUCCCUCCGCUACUUCCUCCCGGCCUCGAUCUUCGCCCUCAAGUUCCUGGAAUGGUACCACGCCAGCGACUUCUCGCGGCAGCUCGCCCGCAAAGCCACGGAAGUGCUGGAUCUGCCCGCCCCCGUCGCCAACGGGAUGACCCCGCCUUCGCAACGGAGAUCUUCCAACAAGAAGAACCCCGACGACGCGAAAGCAUCCGCCUCUUCCCCCGCGCAACUGAAAUCAGCCCUCAAGUCUCCGACCAGCGAGACCCAACUUGACGCAAAAGAACCCCAGGACCGUCGCAGCCCCGUCUCCGCAUCCUCCUACCUCCCCAUCUUCACCGUUCCCCUGCCCGCCGCGGACUCGGAGACCGCGCAAUCAUGUUGUCCCAUCUGUUUGAACACGCUGACCAACCCCACGGCCUGCCAGACGGGCUACGUCUUCUGUUAUGUGUGUGUCUUCCACUGGUUGAAUGGGGAGCAUCAGCGACAGAUCGAUUUCAUGGACGGGGAGGCCGCGGCCGGGGCGCCGUGGGAGGAGGCGGAUGCGGCGCUGGAGGCGCAACAGGCCAAGCAAGCCGGUGGUGAAGAUGCGGAAUGUGAGGAGGGGAAGAUCAAAGCGAAGGGUGGUAGUCGGAGGGGCAAGUGGGAGAGUGGGAGGGGGAGAUGUCCGGUUACUGGAAGGAGGGUAUUGGGCGGGACGGAGGGGUUGCGGAGGGUUUUGGUGUAG